AACACACGUUAGUAUUAAUUUAUUGAUUUUUUUCGAUACUAAUAUUAAUUUAUUAUUGAUGUAUAUAUGAUGCCAAAGGUGGCGCAUUCCACAUCCAUAACCAUGGCGUCUAACUCUGCUUCCGCUCUUUACUUCCUUUUAUGCCUAUCGCCCAUCACUUUGCUUCUUUCUGCGUUUCGUGCUCAAGCUCAAUCUCAUGCUCCAGCUCCCACUUUCAAGUACUGUGAAAAGAAUGCAGACUAUGCUGUGAAGGUGAGUGGAGUGGAAAUAUUGCCUGACCCCGUGGAGAGAGGAGUGCCAUUCACCUUUAAGAUCCCAGCUUAUACUCCUGAACCAAUUCAAAGCGGGGACUUGUUAUAUGAAAUUUCUUAUGCUGGAAUAGAAGCACAACCUGCUACAUUUCUCCAUGAUCUCUGUGAGGAAGCACCAUGCCCAGUACCUGCAGGCAACUUUGUGCUCGUUCACACCGAAUUAUUGCCUCCGGUUACCCCACCAGGCACCUAUAAUGUGAAGCUGAAUUUUAAGGAUCAUAACGACAAGCUGUUAACUUGCAUCAUCUUUCCCUUCAAAAUCGGUUCUAAAUCUUCAGUGUCUGCUAUCUAACUGUCCAGCGCAAAACUGCUCCUAGAUGCUACCUCAACUUUGCGUAUUACUUUUGUUUAGGGUGUAGUUUUAGUGUGUACUAGUUGAGUGCAAUGCUGUGGGCUAUGAAUGAUGCUUUUUCGCACCCAAUAAUGGUAUAAAUAGCCCUACGAGAAGUGAUUGUCACAUCUAUUUUGUAUUGUUGUCUUCAAUAAAUUUGGACUUCUAAAAAUCCUAA